CGCGUGGAGAGGGCGCAGCGGGCGGCGGGAACCAUGACAGAAGAUGACCGAGGCAGCGCUGGUGGAGGGCCAGGUCAAGCUGCGGGACGGCAAGAAGUGGAAGAGUAGGUGGCUGGUGCUGCGCAAGCCAUCGCCGGUGGCAGACUGCCUGCUGAUGCUGGUCUACAAGGACAAGUGUGAACGCUCCAAGGGCCUGAGGGAGCGCAGCAGCCUCACCCUGGAGGACAUCUGUGGCCUGGAGCCUGCCCUGCCCUAUGAGGGCCUGGCCCACACUCUGGCCAUCAUCUGCCUGUCUCAGGCCGUCAUGCUGGGCUUCGACAGCCAUGAGGCCAUGUGUGCCUGGGAUACUCGUAUCCGCUACGCACUGGGCGAGGUGCACAGGUUCCAUGUGACGGUAGCUCCUGGCACCAAACUGGAGAGUGGUCCGGCCACUCUCCACCUCUGCAAUGACAUCCUGGUCCUGGCCAGAGACAUCCCUCCAACUGUCACGGGGCAGUGGAAGCUGUCUGAUCUCCGGCGUUAUGGGGCUGUGCCGAAUGGAUUCAUCUUCGAAGGAGGGACCAGGUGUGGGUACUGGGCUGGCGUCUUCUUCUUGUCUUCAGCUGAGGGGGAGCAGAUCAGCUUCCUGUUUGACUGCAUUGUCCGAGGCAUCUCCCCCACCAAAGGCCCGUUUGGGCUUCGGCCAGUUCUCCCAGACCCGAGUUCUGGGGGACCCUCAGCCUCAGAGGAGCGUGUUGCCCAGGAAGCACUGGAAGCCCUGCAGCUAGAGAAGAGGCUCAGCCUGCUUUCACACUCUGGCCGGCCAGGCAGUGGAGGGGAUGACCGAAGCCUAUCCAGUUCCUCUUCUGAGGCCAGCCACUCAGACAUCAGCGCCAGCAGCCGGCUCACUGCUUGGCCAGAGCAGUCCUCGUCCUCAGCCAGCACAUCACAAGAAGGACCAGGGCUGGUGGCUGCCCAGGGCCCAGGAGAAGCCAUGCUGGGAGCCUCAAGGCCACCCUUCAAGCCGCUGCGGCCUCGGCAGUUACAGGAGGUUGGCCGCCAGAGCUCCUCUGACAGUGGCAUCGCCACAGGCAGCCAUUCCUCCUACUCGGGCAGCUUCUCUUCCUAUGCUGGCAGCAACCUGGAUGUGUGGCGGGCCGGUGAGGAAUUCGGUUCUCUACUCAGCCUGCCCCCUGGAGCCAACGCACCUGAACCCAGACUGUGUGCCUGCCCACCUGGGGCGGCCGAGUACCAGGUGCCCACUUCACUGCGACACCACUAUGACACACCUCGAAGCCUGCGCCAGGCCCCCAGAGACCCAAGCUCAACUUCUCAGGGCAGCUCUGACCACAGUUCAGCCACAGACUUGGGUGGUCAGGCGCCUACGGGGUGUCCCUCCAGUUGGCUGGGAGCUCGUCGACGGGGACAGGCGACGGAAGGCCCAGGCAGUGAAGCUGUGCUGCCCUGUCCAUCCCCUGGCGAGCCCUGGGAAGCAGGCAGCCCCCAUGCAGGGCCACCUCCAGCUUUCUUUUUGUCAUGUUCAAUCUGUGGCGGACUCAAGGUGGGUGGUGCUGUGGCUGCCAGUGCUGAAGGCAGGUCAGGCUGACGUCAGGAGAGCCCCUGAUCCAACUUUUCCAGGAUCUUCUCACCCCCUGGAUCAGGCAGAAGGCUGCCCUGCCCAUGGGCUCCUGCUAUCUAUUGUACCACUGAGGGCAGAAGAUCUCCAUGGCCUGAGUCAGUUCUCAGUGACAAGGCUUGGCCUUGGGUCCACUGCCCUCUUCCAAGAUAACUGACCGUCUGUCAUCGGUCAUUUCUGCAGUAUACGGACACACUUCCUAUCCAAAAUCAAAUCUACCAUGGCUCCUCUAGACUCGCUAGUCUGUGAGCCAGCAGCUCUGUGUAUGCAGCCCGUAGACUGGGUACAGUCUAUAUGUGAUCUGCUUUAUACGUCACCCUGCGGCACCCACAGGUGGGAUCAGUGUCCCAUCCCACGGGGAGGAAACUGACGCUCAGGAGGCUCCAUGACUUGCGGGGGUCUCUGACAUUGACCCCCCCCCCACCACACACAUACAUACACACACUGCAGAUCAGUCUGCUCCUGGGCCCCUGGAAGGCUCUAAGAAGUGGGGUGCCUGAUGGGAGUGUGCGUCACCCCCAGAGGCUGAGUUUGCCCAGGGUCCUGAGAUCAGUUUGCUGGAGGGUCUCUUGUAGAACCUUCCAGUAGUGUUCCCCUGUGUGCCUCCUUUCUGGGACCAGGAAGCUGGUGGCCAGGACCAGGUGGAAGAAAUAAGGAGGGCUCUGGCCCUGCCCACAGGUCACCCUGGCUCUGUGCUCGGGUGUCUACCACCCCAGGCUGUGUGCUCCUUUGCACAGAGCAGAGGUGCUCCGCUUCCCUGUGUCAGGGGUUUGGUGCGGCUGUGCCCACCCUUUAUGCAUCCCUCCAUUGGCACCUACAGUUCUGAUCUGGCAGGCCAACUCACUUGUAAAUGCCUCGAUCUGUACCUGCAUUGCGGCCAACCAUGUUGCUCUAUUACGUUUUUAAAAUCUGUUUGUAAUACAUUCUCAGACUGGAAAUAAAGUUAUCUUUUCUUAC